AUGCAGUCCCCAGCUGCCAGUGCUGGGGGCCUCAGUGGCCUCCUCUUUGGGGCCUACACACUCCCCACCUUCAAGUUCCAGCCUCGUUGUGAGAGCAUAGACUGGAGGCGCAUUAAUGCCCUGGACGUGGACCGUGUGGCCCGGGAGGUGGAUGUGGCUGCUCUGCAGGAGAAUAUUGAUGGAGUCACCUUCUGCAACUUGGAGCAGGAAGCCUGCAGCUGCUGUGGGCAGCCUGUGGACCCAGUGCUCCUCAAGGUGCUGCGUCUGGCACAGCUCAGCAUUGAGUACCUACUGCACUGCCAGGAGUGCCUGAGUGCCAGCAUUGCUCAGCUGGAGGUGCGGCUGCAGGCCAGCCUGCGCCAGCAGCAGCAAAGCCAGGUGGAGCUGGGCCGCCAAACUGACAAGCUCAAGGUUGUGAGGAAGGAGAGCCACCAGCGUCACAAGAUUAUCAGCACCCUGCAGCAGCUGCUAGUGCAGACAGACGCCCACAGCUACUACCCGUGCCACCUGUGUGACAAGACCUUCAUGAGUGCCACCUUUCUCCAGGGCCACAUCCAGCGCAGGCAUGCAGGCGCGGCAGAAGGGGGAAAACAGAAGAAGCAGGGACAGCCAGCGGAAGAAGUGCUGGAGGAGCUUCGGGCCAAGCUAAAGUGGACCCAAGGGGAGCUGGAAGCUCAGAGGGAGGUUGAGAGGCAGAGACAGCUCCAGGAAGCAGUAAUCAGUCAUCAGAGGGAAGUAGAAGCUAGGAAAGAACUGGAAGAGUGGAAAGAAAAAGAGUGGACCAAGCUUUAUGAAGAAAUAGAUAAGCAAAAAAAAUUACUGGGCGAUGAAUGUAGAAGUAUCACCAACAAGUAUUCUAUUCUAGAAGAGAAACUGCAGGCUCUGCAGUCCCGCAGUGUAAUGGAGUCCAACCUCGGAUCACUGCGGGAUGAGGAGUCUGAGGAGAGACUCAGGCAGACACAGGAGCUGCAAGCCCUGAGACGGAAGAUGGAAAUUCAGAAAAUGCAGUGCGAGAGGAAAGUGAAGAACCUGCAGGAAGAGCAUGCGGCUGAGAUGAGGGAGCCGCAGGAGGAGAACAAGAGGGUCCAGGCCUCCCUGUCUCAGGAUGAGAGGAAGGCAGCUGCCCAGGUCCACCACCAGAUCAGCGCCCUCCACACCCAGCAGCAGGAACAAACCGGGCUCAUCGCCUCCCAGGAGGAGAGGAUCCAGACCUUGGCCCUCAGGAAGGUGGAGGGGAUCCAUGAGGCACCGAAGGCUGCGGACACAGAGGAGGACUCUCCUGAGGAAGAGCUGGUGGACUCCCGAGAUGAGCUGUGGGAGGUGCUGGCCACUCUGAGGCGAAAUCCCACCCUGCCCGCCCUGUUGAAGCAGUUCAGGCCAGUCCUGGAGGACACCCUGGAAGAGAAACUGGAAAGCAUGGGGAUAAAGAAGGAUGCAAAGGGAAUCUCGAUUCAGACGUGCAGACACCUGAAGUCCCUGCUGAGAAUCCAGCGGGAGCAGAAGGCUCGGAGGUUUUCCCAAUUUCUGAGUCUGAGGGAAAAGCUCAUUGAGGAAGCCACCAAGAGAGUGAAGGAGAGACAGGAGAAUGGGGCCGUGGUGUCCCAGCCAGCCAGCCAGCCCCCAGUCAAAAGCCAGCGGAGCACCCUGGUCACCAAAGAGGCCAAGUCAAAAGCCAGAACUGUGCAUGUGGCAUCACCAUUCAAGCCACCCACACCAACUCUUCAGAGCCACAGGAGCCACAGCGCUGGCCUGCCCCUCGGGUCCACCCCUACUCCACACCCCAGAGCGCAUGGACCCUCCAAGACCCCUGCUUCCCUGGGACCUGGGCUGAGCACACCCCCGUUCAGUUCUGAAGAGGACUCAGAGGGAGACCCUGUGCAGGGCGUGUCCCUGCAGCCCCCGCAAGCUUUUUCUAGGAUGGUGCCCCGGCCGGAGGAUGACUGGGACUCGUCUGACACCAAGACCUCGGAAGAGGACUCCCAGUCCCCUGGCAAGGACUCGGCUGGGCUGGCUUCCUCGGGGCUGGGCCGACACAGCGAUCCUGAGUGGGCAGGAUCUGCAGCAGGCAGCUGCAGGGAGCAUGCCAGCCAGGCUCCACACCCAGUCACAGGAGCAGGGAGAGGUCAGGGAAAAACAGUGAGUCAGCGCUGCCUUUUGCAUGCAGUGACCCUCCUUCAGGCGAGUGGCCGAGGCAGGCUGCAGUCCACCCCUCUGCUCGGCUACCUCUGUGGGUACGAGAGAGGAGGAUGGGGGGACACACUAGAGGUGCUUCUCGCCCUCCUGCCCAUCCUGGUGGAUAGAGCAGCAGUGCCCUCUUCUAUGGCACCUCGAGGCGAGAGAGAAGGGUCUCCCUCCAUGUCGCCAUUCCCGGGGGCUCACACGUGCUUGGCUCUGGGCGGAUUUUUUUGCCAAAAGGAUAAUUGGGAGUGUGGUUUCUAUGGAGCUAAGCUGGGGACCGAGGGGCAGCACAGAGAGCGGCAGUGGACCUUUGUGGCAGGCCGUGUCAUGUUGCCACACCAGCCUCUGCGCCACAGCAGCACUUCCAGUCGUACUGGACAGGACUCUGCCCUUUUCAGCAAGCAGAGUCAGAUAGAAAUUCAGCUUGUCGCUAAGCUGGGGACCGAGGGGCAGCACAGAGGGCGGCAGUGGACCUUUGUGGCAGGCUGUGUCAUGUUGCCACACCAGCCUCUGCGCCACAGCAGCACUUCCAGUCAUACUGGACAGGACUCUGCCCUUUUCAGCAAGCAGACUCAGAUAGAAAUUCAGCUUGUCGGUGAAAAGGGCAUCAUAGAGAUUUAA